AUGUAUAAUCAUCAGUCACUCGACUCGUGCAGAGAUCGUUGUUUUAGAAAUCUAGAUCUCGAAGAACGUUCCAUAACUAUGAAGUCUCACGAGAUUUGGGAGCGGAGCAUCGCCUUCAUCGAGCAUGAAUUGCUUCCGGAAAUGGUGCACGAUCGGUACUUCUGCGAGCCAAAUUCCAGGGAAUUCGUCGAGUUCGACUCGGCCACGAUUCGUCUCGAUGAGCUGAGCCGAAGCAGCGAGAUUUAUCGCGUCACGGUUGUGGUCAAGUUCUCCGGCGAGCCACGUAGCUUCCCACUAGUUUUGAAAUUGCUUCCAGAGGAGGGGGCAGAGCACACGGGCCGAACGGCGUUCGAUGCGUUCCAGAACGAGGAAAUGUUCUACUCGAAGAUGGCCCCUAAAUACGGGCCUGAUUUGGUUCCAAAGUGUUAUCUGUCCGAUCUGGGUCGUUAUGGAAGGACAGUGAUCGUGUUGGAGGAUCUGGAGAAGGAUGAUUACAAGCAGGUUGACGGUGAACUGGACGAGAAUCAUUUGAAAUUAUGCGUGCAAGUUUUGGCCAAGUUUCACGCGAGAGGGUUGAGGCUGAAGGAGACCGAGCCAGGGAUCUUCAGGGAGUUCGAGGCGAAACUUCUUGAAAUUUCCCUCACCGAGGAGGCUAUGCUCCAUUAUGAGAAGAGAUCGACUAGAAUGUUGAACAUCCUUGAAUCCUUAUCGAACUCAGCCUUUGCCGAGAAGAUGAAACGGAGAUUAAACAAGAAUCCAAUGGAAAUCGUGAAAGGUAUCGUGACGGAGGUGAACGACGUUUCCACAAUAUGUCACGGCCAUUUUUCACACGAUAAUCUGCUGUUCAAAUAUCAGAACGGGAAACCGAUCGGCGCGAAGGUGAUCGACUGGCAAACAAUGAGAUAUUGUUCGCCGGCUGUCGAUCUUGGGCCCAUUCUACUGUAUAACGUGACGCAUGAGGAUGGCUCGUCGAAGGUGCAGGAAAUUUUGACGUUGUACAUCGACACCGUCAGAUCUGAAUAUCCAGAAGUAGACGGUCAACGACUCAGGGAAGAUAUCGUGGACAAAUUCUUCUUUGCCGGUGUUGUUCUGUCAUUCCUAGAUCACAUUACUGACGAAGAACUUACUCGCGUUUUGUUACUUUUGGAACAAUUAGACGAUUUUAACUGAACUGUUUAAUUUAUUCCGAUUUUAAUCAUGAUUUAUAUAUUUCAGUGUUUUGUCUCUUUUUUCUUUUUUUUUUUAUUAUCAGUUAAUGGAUUAUUUUUGCAGAAGAAAUAAAAUAUUUUAAAG